CAACAAACCAAAACUCAAAGCUAAAUCAUUUUUUUCUUAGAAUAUCUCUCCAACUCGGCGAGCAUUUUCAACAGUUUACUAAGUAAAAACUGACAACAGGUUUUCCGGUCGGCGAAGAUGGCCGGCGGUCAGAGAAGUUACACGGUGAAUCCGGAGGAUUACAAGCUUCUAGAAGAAGUUGGAUACGGAGCAAGUGCAACUGUGUACAGAGCGAUCUAUGUACCUUUGAAUGAAGUUGUGGCAGUGAAGUGCUUGGAUCUCGAUCGUUGCAAUAGUAAUCUGGAUGAUAUUCGCAAGGAAGCUCAAAUAAUGAGUUUAAUUGGCCAUCCAAAUCUAAUAAAGGCAUUCUGUUCAUUCGUUGUUGAUCACUAUCUUUGGGUGGUAAUGCCCUUCAUGGCUGAGGGUUCUUGUCUACACCUCAUGAAGAUAGCAUAUCCUGAUGGAUUUGAAGAAGCUGUUAUUGGUUCUAUCUUGAAAGAAACUCUUAAGGCUUUGGAAUAUCUACAUCUACAUGGACACAUUCAUCGAGAUGUUAAGGCAGGGAAUAUAUUGCUGGACACUAAUGGGGUAGUAAAGCUCGCCGACUUUGGGGUUUCUGCAUGCAUGUUUGACAGGGGUGAUAGGCAGCAUUCUAGGAAUACCUUUACAGGAACUCCAUGCUGGAUGGCACCUGAAGUUUUGCAGCCUGGAACUGGAUAUGAUUACAAAGCUGACAUUUGGUCACUUGGAAUUACUGCCUUAGAGUUGGCUCAUGGUCAUGCACCAUUUUCAAAGUACCCUCCAAUGAAGGUUCUGCUCAUGACCAUAAAUAGUGCUCCUCCUGGACUUGAUUAUGACCGUGAUAAAAAAUUCUCUAAGUCAUUCAAGGAAAUGGUUGCAAUGUGCUUGGUGAAAGAUCAAACUAAAAGGCCAACUGCUGAAAAGUUGUUGAGACAUUCUUUUUUCAAAAAUGUGAAGCCUCCAGAGAUCUCUAUAAAGAAACUGUUUGCCGGCUUACCACCACUGUGGAAUCGAGAAAAAGCCCUCCAGCUUAAAGAUGCUGCACAACUAGCCAUGAAGAAAAUGCCUUCAUCCGAGGAGGAAGCAAUAUCACAGAGUGAAUACAAACGAGGUGUUAGUGCCUGGAACUUUGAUCUGGAAGAUUUAAAGUUUCAAGCUUCAAUGGUGCAAGAUGAUGACGAAAUACCGGAGUUUAGGGAAGAAGAUGAAAGCAUGAAAUCUUAUACGAACUACAAGGAGAAUUUGGUUUCUGCAAUCAACGAUCGAAAACCUUCCUUAAAACAAGAUACUCUUUCCAGUGAGCAAGAAGGUGUUGGUGAAGUGACAUUAGCUGAAUGCCAGAGAAAGACUGAUUUGGCAUGUAAUAAACUGGAUUCCGACCAUCAGGAGAAAGGUCGACUAAAAAAAAAUUCAUCAAAAACAGAGCUGCCGCCCCUUACCUCAGACAAAGAUGCAGUACACGCCAAGAGUAGAAGUCAAACACCAAAAACUCAUCGAAGUGUGAGCGGACCGCUUAUGCCAGGUGUUAUCCUAAGUCAUUCGGCAUCAGAAAGAGCUCACAACUUUGAAAGAAGCAAGAUUGAAAACCAACAAGUGGAAAAAGCUCAUCAAGUACGAAGAGCGCCCAGCUUUAGUGGCCCUUUAACGCUUCCAAACCGAGCUUCAGCUAAUAGUAAAUCAGCUCCAAUUAAUUCAUCUGGGGGAUUAAAAGAUUCUUUAGAUGACAAAUCAGUGACAAACUUGGUUCAAAUAAAAGGGAGGUUUUCUGUAACCUCAGAAAAUGUAGAUCUUGUUAAGGGGUCACAAUUGAGGAAGGCUGCUAGUGUUGGAGACUGGAUAUUGGAUUCCAAACUGAUGCCUCCUGGUCAACUACUGAAGGAGCUUGGCCAUGAUAAUGUUCCUGCCUCACUUCUGAUGCCUCACCUACAAAAUCUUUUUCAACAGACAUCAAUACAACAGGAUCUAAUUAUGAAUCUGUUGAGUAGCUUGCAACUAUCUGAGGCAGGAGAUGCUUCGCAACAUGGAAAGUUGUCUUCUCCACAGCGUAUUCCAGAGAAUAAUGGAAGUGUUGAAGCAGCUGUUUCUGAGAGGGAGCGCAUGUUGCUAGUCAAAGUAUCUGAGCUUCAAGCUAGGAUGAUUAGCCUGACGGAUGAAUUAACAACAGAAAAACUAAAAUACAUGCAGUUGCAACAGCAGCUAAAUGCCAUGUCAAGUCGGGAGGAAGAUUGGGACAGAAGAGAAUUGGACUCUUGAUGCCAAAAGAUCUUCACGAUUGUGUAAAGAUGUGUAUAUUCAGGUUUCUGUCUGAUGUUGCGACAGCCACAGUUUCAAAUUCUUUAAUCCAAGUUGAAUUACCAACUCAGACACACUCGUUUAGAUUUGCAGAUUGAGUUAUAGGAAGGAGCAGAGUUUACUAUUCACAUGGCUGGAAUUAUGGUCGCCAUUGUUGAAUAGAAGCUCAUGGAGUAAUCCAGCUCCAAGUGAUGAAUAAACAGAAUCAUCGGUUUGUAGAGAAUUUCUUCAUUUAUUGGUGGAGUGCGAGCUGAAUACAAGCUUCCUGUGCAGAUCCGCGUCUCCAGUCCCAGAGGUAUUAUCUUACUUAUGCCGGAAAAACAACCUCCUUAGUCGAACAGGAUCUGUUCUAUAGGCUCGUACCACUAUAUCCUUUUUAUGCCGUUAAAAUAUAAUUUUGGCCAAUUUAUUUUAGAUCCUGGAUUUAUCUUGUAAUAUGAAUAUACAUUAAGUUGUAAUUUUGUUCAAAUAUACCUAAUGAGACAUGCUUAAUUAGUCCUAUUAAAGUCGUUCGUGGGAGGAUUCAUCCAUA